AUGGAGGGAUCGUCUAAUGCGUUUCCGAUGAAUGGCGGAGAAGGGCCUCACAGCUACUCCAGAAACUCCUCUGGCCAGAGAAUAUUUAUAGAGAGGGCCCGCAAACUCAUCCAGGAGGCAGUAGCCGAGCAUCUCGACAUUGAAGCAUUCUCUUCCUCCGGAGCUUUUCUCGUUGCCGAUCUCGGUUGCUCAGUCGGGCCCAACACGCUCUAUGCUGAGUUCCAAAAGAAGUUCAGGACAAGAGCUCCAGCCUGGAACAAAGGCAGGAUAUUUUACCCCAGUGCGAGCGAAGAAGUCAUCAAAGCAUAUGCAGCUCAAUUUGCUAAAGACAUGGAGGUCUUUCUCCGUGCUAGAGCGCAAGAAAUUGUUCUCGGAGGACUAAUGAUGCUCACCUGUGUCACUCGUCGUGACGGAGCUCUUCAUUCUGAAGCUUUUGCCAACAGGUCUUUAGAUUUGUUGGAAUCUUGCCUUGUCGACAUGGUCAAGAAGGGAAAUAUAAGUGAAGAGAGAAUGGACGAGUUUAACCUGCCGAUGUACUAUGCGUCCCCCCAAGAAAUGAAAGAAGCAGUGGAAAGGAAUGGCCAUUUCAGCAUCAAGAAAAUGGUGGAGCUAUUUGAAGGAUCAGCAGAAGCCUAUCCCUAA